CAGAAUUACCGAUUUUUACCAUGUUUGUGACACGGCAGUCAAUAGUUAUUCUUCAGGCCAAAGUACUCAAAAUGUAUAGCUUGAAAACUUUUAAAAUGAAAUAUAAGAAAAACUAUUUGGAAUAAGACUUUUGGAUUUCAGGAAGACGGCUGGUCCGAUGGUUUGUUUUCUCCAUGGCAACGGUGGUGCUGAAGUAUGGAGCGAUAAUAGCAGCUUUAACGGUGUGCGGCCUCCUUCUAUAUUUAGCUGAAUACCGGUCUAUAAUUAGACUAGGAGAUCUAAAAAUAGAUUUACAGACUGGAUCUCAAGGAAACCUUGAAAACGUGGAAGAUGAUGCAUUCAAUGGAAAAUAUAAUGCUGAAAAAGUCUCGUUUCAUGUAGAUAAAUACAAUCUUACAAAUGAAGUUCUUGAGCUGAAAGGAUCUUUUUACGGAACUAAUCAAUCAGAAGUUAAAACUGUCAAAAUACAUGGGCUAUCAAAUUUAAUAAAUCAAGCAAAACCUUUCAUUGUAGCAGACGAUAAAUUAGAACAGUCUGAUCUUGAAAAGGGGCGUUUCUUUAAAGUUGAUAGAGUAGUGAAGGAAGUUAACUGUAAUGCUAUCAUACAUGGUGAUAAAAAUGAGACCAAAAAAGCGGAAAAUAUUUCCGAAAGUCACCCUAAAAUUGGCGUGAAACCUGAACAAUAUAUAAAACUUGCCAAAAAUUGCUCAAACUUUAUAUCUGAAAGGGGUUACAUCACCGAUUCAUUAACAGAGGUUGAAAAGAAUUUUCAUAUUGCAUUUAGUCUUUUAAUGUUUAAAGACAUAGAACAAAGUGAACGACUUUUAAGAUCUAUUUAUAGACCACAAAAUUUUUACUGUAUACAUGUUGACAAGAAGACAUCAGAUGACAUUUUCAAAGCUAUGUCUUAUAUCGCAGACUGUUUUGAAAAUGUAUUUAUUGCCAGCGAGCGUUUUGACGUGCAAUGGGGAACAAUGACUGUGUUAGAGCCGGAUUUAUUAUGCAUGGAAGAAUUAUGGAACAAAAGUAAAACAUGGAAAUAUUUUAUCAAUCUAACGGGACAGGAGUUUCCAUUAAGAACUAAUUAUGAACUUGUGCAAAUAUUAAAAGCAUAUAACGGUGCUAAUGACUUGGAAGCGACAGUUAAACAUGCUAACAAAGAUAGAUGGGAGGGUGUCGGUCCCCCGCCCCAUGGAAUUGUUCCAACAAAAGGUUCGGUCCAUAUCGUUGCCAGCAGAGGAUUUGUUGAUUAUGUAUUGCAUGAUCAAAGAGCACACGAUCUUUUGAAUUGGACAAGAAAUACCAAAGUACCAGAUGAAACAUUUUUUGCAUCAUUAAAUCAUAAUCCUAGUCUAGGAGUUCCAGGCUCAUAUAAAGGGUAUCCCGAGACAGAAAUGAAGGAUGAUAUAAAGCCAUUUGUUGCACGCUUCAAAAAUUGGGGCGCAGGAAAAUAUAACUGGCCUUGCCACGGUCAAAGAGUGCGUAUGGUGUGUGUGUUCGGUACUGGUGAUCUCCCUUUAAUUGCGUCAAGACGAGAACUAUUCGCCAACAAAUUUUAUUUAAAUUAUCACCAUUUUGCCUUAGACUGUGUCGAAGAAUUACAUUUUAAUCAUACUAGAGACGAAUAUUUAGGAAAAUUAGCAUUUGAUCCAAGAUGGUAUUCACAAUUAGGAUUUGUGCGAAAUACAGUAAAGUAAUAUUUCAUGAUAAACAAAGCAAUGUGAACGGUUAUAACUGUUAUGUAGGCCUAAGUCAGUUGAACAGAAAAAAAUAUUCAUUUACAGAACAUUAUUACAUUAAGAGCGCAUAAUUAUGAAUAAACUAAACGUAUGUCGUCGCCUUUUAAGUGUUGACAUUGUUCGCGCUUUAUAACAGAUUAUAUGUGUUCUGAAAUAGGGUUUUUGCGCGUGCAAUUUAUUAUAUGCUUUUUCAUUAGCUACUAUCACUGUCUCCUAGUUACUUGAUAUUCGUAUGGUGUUUAAACAAGACAACGCACAGCCGGGUAUACAGAUCUCUUGUUAAAUACUGGUCAAUUUUCUUACACUGUGAUAAGCGAUAUAAAUGUUUAUAUAAUGUAAUUAUCACCUUCAGAUGUAGAAUAUGGAAAUAUGCUUACAUUUGCUAUUUUACACCAAUUGAGUUUUGAAUCUUAGAAACGGACCGACAAGUCCUUGCAUCCGACACUGUAUUUAGUUAUGUAUAUAUUAUUAGUUAUAAAGAUGUUUGACCUUUUAUAUGCUCUAUAUUUAUAAACGGUUGUUUGAAAAUAUAACACGAGCCACUACGCGAGGGCUAUAUUGCAAACGACCGUUCAUAUACGGUCAUAAUACCUGUCAGAUAUAUUUAUAACGAAUUCAUAAUACAACACGCAUCAUUUUUUAGUGAGAAAAGUAAGAUUUCUUCAUAAAUUGACAGCAGCCGGGUAUCUUAAACUUUAUAAUACUGCACGUUUGCAACGUCGCUUAACAAACAGCCGUUUAAAUAGGGCCAUAUAACCUGUCAACAAUCUUUAUAACUAAUAUUAUAAUACUGCACGUUUGUAACGUCAUUUUUCAUUGGAUAAUCGUGACGUUUAUAUAGUUUUAUAUAUCGGCUGCCGUCGAUUCAUGAAGAAAUCUUACUUUUUUUCUCUAAAAUGAUGCUUGCUGUAUUAUAAAUUCGUGACAGGUUAUAUGGCCGUAUAUAAACGGCUAUUUGCAAUAUAACCCUCGCCUAACGGCUCGGGUUAUAUUUACAAAUAGCCGUUUAUAUAGGGCCAUAUAACCUGUCAACGAUCUUUAUAACUACAUGUAAUAAUAUAAACGUCACGAUUAUGCAAUGAAAAGUGACGUAACAAACGUGCAGUUUUAUAAUAGACUACUAGUCUAUAUGGACGAAAAACGAAACGUUUUGUUCUUGAUUCUACAAAAAUCAUUUUUUAGUAGAUAGUGCUUGAUAAAUCGGCAACAAAUGUUCUAUUUUAACACGACACAUGGGAACACUUUUAUAAAAUGUUAUUGUAAACUAUGUAUAUUUGCCUUUUAUGGAACAUGUGAUAUGUCUCACUUCAAAUAUUUUUCUAAUUAUAUUUCUUAUCAAAGUGCCAUAUUGCUGUACAAUAUAUAUUUCUUAAAGCAGAUAUUUUUACAACUAAAUUCUUGUGUUAUGCAUGACUGGUUUAUAUUAAAUGAAAAUUAUUUUUUUGUUUAUAAAUUGACAUUGUAGGUAAUGUAUGUGAUAGUUUUAUUGUAAAGUUAUGAAUGUUAUUUUUUUAAUUAUAUGCUUUUAUGAGGAGGUAAAAUUAGCAAAAUAACAUUGAAACAUAUUUUCGUUAAAUAUAUAUUUAUUUAUCAUAUACAAGUAGAGUUUGUGUUCU